AUGUCUACACUUAUUCUUUGGCUGACGCUGCUUUUCUCGGCGAUCAGCUGUGCGGACUUGCAACAGGAUGAGGAGGAAGUGCCACAGGAGCAUUAUGAUGGACGUUCGUUCUUCUUUCUGGGCACCUUAUUUAGACGCUGGCGCGAUCGUUGGUUGGCUUUUCAUAAUCCUGCUCCUCUCUAUGCUGGCGCUGUCUUUCCCAUCAAUGGAUAUUACAACUGUCCGUCCUUUGGGUGUAAUCCGGCUGUUAUUGGACCGCAGCCUGGGUUCUAUCCCACCUACUAUGCCACGCCUCUACAACAGCAGCAACAACAACAAGCACAGGGUAACAGUAAUGUUUACAUCUAUCAGACGGAUCAGAAUAGUGCCAGCUCUGGCUCCAUUUCCCCUUAUGGUCCUGGUUUCUUUGGUCCAGCGCAGCAGCUCCAACCUUUGAUUCCCCCUCCUCCUCCUCCUCGCCCUCAACUA